AUGUCGGAAAAUCAUCAUGGUCGAGAGCGCCUCACUCGUGGCACCCACCGCUACCGACCCUAUGUGCCCCGCGGUCCUCCUGAGCUCGACAAUCGCCAGUUGCGCAACUAUCUCCUGAUCGCUGCGUGGAUGGUGAUGUGCUUCCUCAGCUCUCGGCUUCCGCCCACGCUCUCGCCCUCGUCGCCACUCCCGACUGUGUCCGAGCCGUCGCCCAUCAGCGACCACGACACGCUGCUAUUCAUCACGGCAGCACGUUCACGUCGCGCGUCAAAACUCUCUCUAACGUCGUCGUCAGGCUACUCGCAAUGCAACUCGACGGCCACACUCGCGAGCAAUGCGAGCAGCGCCGUCCCCUCGCUCUCAUCUUCGACCGGCGCGACGCCUGCAAACUCGUUUCUGCGCUCAUUGAGGUCGUUCCUGUCUAACGGCUCGCUGUUGGCGCGCGCCAAAUCGCAAACGACUCGAUCUCGUCCAUCGACGUGCUCGGCCUCACCGCUGCACGAGGACGAGAUUGACGUGCCCGUCUCCGCGCCACCUGUUCCGCGAUCCCAUCCCUCGCACGCCUCCGACCUGUACGCGUCUGCUCGCAAGCCGACCCUGCCUCCCCUGCCCCCGGACUCCCGCGCCCUCGACGAGCCUGCGACAUUUCCGCAGUCAGACAGCCCAGACAUCAAGACCAUCCUCGCGACCACGCCCCGCCCGCACCGCAAGUCCUCCAUGUCGUGUCUGUCGGGCCGGUCGCGUUUGCCAUCACGCUCGCGCUCGCAGCCGCGUCGCGCCCCGUUCCGGCGGCACGUCAGCGAGGGCAUCCCCAGCGCGCGGCGCCGCGAGGGCGAGUUGCGGCGCACGAGCGAGGCGUCGCUCCCGGUGCCGGCGCUGGGCGGCCGCCCGGCGUCGCCCACGGAGCUGGCGUACGCGCGCAACGCGUGGGUGGAGGACUCGUUCGUGUCGGACUACGGCGUGCUGCUGGACGGGACGGGCACCACGAUGGACGUCGUGGGCGGGAAGGAGGCGUGCCUCGAGCGCGAGCUCGACGGGAGUGGGAACGACAUGGACUCGAGCAUCGACAUCCACAUGCCGCUGCCGAAUCUGAUGUUGCGCCAUGGCUUGCUGUCGCCAAACUCGAAGCUGCUCCCGCAGGCGUCGCGCGUGGGCACGCCGUCCGAGGACGAGGAUGCGCCAUCCCCGCUCACUCACAAGCUCUCCGCAAAUACCCUCAAGACGAAAAUCACGCCGUCGGCGUUCCACUCACCUCAUCCCCUCUCGCGGAUCGGCAGCGCGACUGGCCUGAGCGCCCUCGCCAAGGACGGCCGGCCUCGCGGACUGAGCCACUCCCCCUGUCCACAGGAUCGGCGCGUCAGUUCGAGCAGCGCCACUUCAUCCACCGUUGGCGUCCCUUCUCGCACGUUUGUUUCCUCGCUGCGACCGACGUCUUCCACGGGUAGGUUGGUUGCUAGGAUACUAGGCUACAUCCACGAACUGGAGGAGACACUAGACUCCACGUCCUCGGCAUCGAGCGCCAGAGUAUUCAUGCCUGUUACUCCUGUUGGAUAUGAUGGGCCUGGACGGUCUCCAAUCUUUGGCUCGCAGAAUGGGCGCAUGAUGCAGCGCCCAAAAUUGGACGCCUGGCUUGCGUUCAUGGGCUGGUCAGUAAGUGGCGGAAGCAACCUUGCCGCCACGCCCUCUUCGCUGCCGUCAGCGCGGACGCCAUCAGUGCUGUGA